AUGGCAGGCGUAAAACAUAGCCUCAACAUUACCGAACCAUCGGAUGCCUCGACCGUAAUGCCUAUGACAUCUGAAAGCCCUUUCCUGUCCUUGUUUGAAGGCUUUCGUGGUGAGUUAGAUGAGCAUCAUGAUCGUAGAGAGCGGGUCGUCAAGGCGUCGCGCGAUAUUACCGCCUUGAGCAAGAAGAUUGUCACUACUCUUGCUGCUCCCAUUGCUCUAUCGAUAGAAAAGGCUAUCACGCCUCAUCGCGACCAAAUCAGCGCCCUCUUCACCGCCGUCGCGCCCGACUUGACAGGUCCUAACGCUUGGCGCUACCAUCACCAAAUCACCGGCGGAAUCCAAGAAUAUAUUGAGGCCACCGCUUUCUACCACUAUCUGUCCACUCAGACCCUCCUCUCCUUUUCCUCUGCCCAGGAUCUCAUCCCAGCCGGCGUGCUGUUGACGGAAGAUGACUACCUCCUUGGCUUGUUUGACAUGGUAGGUGAAAUCAUGCGUUUCGCAAUUACGACUAUGGCGACGAGUGGGGCUUUGCCAGCCGGAGAAGGAGUUGGGAGGGAUGUGGUGGGGGACUUGAGGGGUUUGAGGGCGGCAUUCGAAACUUUUGUUUUGGAUCCGAAGAGUGGGAAAGGCAAGAUGGACGUUAUGCGGACAUGUGUGCAGAAAGUUGAGCAGGCGAUGUAUGGCAUGAUUAUUCGGGGAAGGGAGAGGCCUAAGGGAUGGGUGCCAGAGCUGGAAGGAGAAGGGGGAGGAAAGAAAUCGAGAGCUACUAGGAAGAUGAAGGAUGUUAUGUGUAAGAUGAGACGAUGA